AUGAGCGAAACAACAGAUGCACAAGAGGACAAGUUUAUUAAAACCGCGUCUGAUGAUAAAAUUGAUGUGAGUAGUCAGUUUUGCUGCAAGAUAGCUAUGUGAUGUUGCAGCCAUUCGAAGGAACGUAUUCUGAAAUCACCGAUGAGGGCCCAAGUUGCUCCGCACCGCGGACGACGUCGGGAGACUACGUACAGUGCGAGAAGUGUCAGAGGCCAGCGAAACUGGCACUUUUCAGGCAGAGAACAGUACUAUAUACUCUUAUUAUUCACUGGAAAAACAACAAAACAAACUUCAGACUCCGAAUAGUGGAAAGCAGGAAGAUCUCUACAGAAACUUCUGCGAAACUUGCGAAUUAUUCUUCGGAAUGUGCUCGAAAAAAGUACGAGGAGUUUACUCGUACUGCAGUGAAGGUUUGCUAUUUUUCAUGUUUAAUUAUUCACAAAUGUUGUUUUAGACGGCAGAAUACUAACCAUAUCCGAAAAAUUGGAUUACUUGUGCGCCGAAAAGAAGCGAAUGACAGUAUCGCGGAGGGACAGUGACGAACAAGAGGCACAACUUCCGCACUCGGACAGUUCAACCACCGCAAACUCUGAAGAGAAAGAAGGAGACGAGGGUAUUGAAAUGGAACAGGAAAAGUCGGUGAUUGAUGAAAAGAAGGCGGCGGCCAACCCGAGGGGCCGGAAACCUAUUGGCGGAAAGAAGAAGAAGGUUCAUCACGGAUGGUCAAAUGCCGGAAAAUACAAAAACAAGAACAAGGAAAUCGUGGCGUCCAAAAAGCAGGAGAACAGCCCUACGAAAGCCUCAGCCAGAAUAUCAGCUGCACAGAAAAAAGAGCAAGAAGUGGCGAAGGAGAAGAAAACUGAGAGCAAGGGGAGAGGUCGGCCGUCUAAAAUCGCGGUCAAAACCACAGUUCGCUCGGUGACCGAAGUCGUUGUAAGACCUGCCCUGAAGCCAGCUUUGAAAGCUGCGGACACUUCCGAAUCGGAGGUGCAAACAGAUGCGGAUAUGCUGUUGAAGUCGACUUACAUGGCAGAUCUGUUUGAUGAAACGAUGAAGAACGGACUGAGCGAGCAGAUCGUCGCACGGCUCGAAGGACAGCCUUUGAUUCUAAAGAAGCAGUUCGUGAUGAUGAUGCGGACGAUUGAAGAGCAGGGAAAAAUCAUCAACAACUACCGGGCACGCGAGGAAAAGUUCCAGUUGGCAGUCCGGAAACUGAAAGAGUUCGGAAGAACGACUCGGCUGACGUAUUCUGACUCUUUCCGAGAGAUUCGAGCUGAUCUUGUGGAGCGCAAAGAAGAAUUCAAAGCUCAUGAGGCAGAAGUCGCGUCGCUGUUAAAAAAGCAGAAGGACAAAUAUGAAGAGUACAAAAGGAUGAUGCUCAGAAAGUACGAAGACUUUCAACUGGAAAAGGCGAGCCUUGAGUCGAAGAUCAAGUAUUUGGAGGAGGAGGUGACUUAUGAGCGAGAAAGAGCCGCGUUCUUCCACCGAACACGAGACGUCUACCAGAAAGAACGGAAUGAAGCUGUCGAAACGGCGGAGACUGCCGUCAAGAAUCUGAAUGACAAACUUUUUGUUGCUAAAUGGGAGAAAUGUGUGAAAUGCAAUGAUAUUCGCGAAGCAAUGAAAAGAAUGGAGGUAAUAAUGGCGGAGAAGACGACGAGAGCGUCGGCAGCCGACACGGAAAGAAAUCAGAUGGUCGAGAAGGCGUCUCUGUACGAAUCGGCGGCGCAGAAGCUCGGAAGAGAUUGUGAUUCAAUCAAAUACGAACGGGAUUCGUGGAAGGCGUACGCGGAAAAGUACAAGAAGGAAGUCAAUAAACUGAAUCAAACCGUCAAAGGUAAUUCAUUUAUUCAUUUUUCGUACAACUUUCCAAUGCAUUAUCAUUUCAGAGAAAGACAGAGAGCUGGCGGAGAAAGUCGCAGAGAUCAUGGCGACUCCGAAAAGCAUAGUGACUCCGAAGAGUGUUGCGUGUACUCCAAGCGACGUCGACAGAGUGUCUCCUCCAGAAGACGGCGAAAUAGUAGACACACCUCCACAGGCUUCUCCGAUGAACGCUUCUAGGGCUCCAGCAAAGCCUCUUGUUCAGAAGAUUGUCGAGAAGAAAGCAGCGCUUCCGAUCGCAUCUGGCUUCGAGUCGUGGAUUCCCAAGGAAGCAUUGAAUGCUCCUGCUCCAGAAAUUCCGAAAGCUCGGAGCGCAUUUGGUAAUCCGGGAAGAACGCCGCAGAAAGAACCAGAUAAGGUGAAAUUGCCUCCGUCACAACAACCACUUCCGUGGGAAAAGCCGGUCAUAUCAAGUUCUCCAUCCUCCAAAUCACUCGCUGACGCUUUGUCUAGAGCACAGGCGGAGCAGUUUUUGGGUCCCAUGGACACCAACUCUACGAGCUAUGUGUCGAAAUCGUACACAGAAGAAAUCAAUCGAGCGCUGAAAUCGAGAAAACGAAGCAACGAAGAAACGGAAGUGCCUAAGAGUUAGUUCACAAUCCGGAAUGUCGAUAAAGCAUAUUUUUACAGAAACCGAUCCGGUUCCAACACCAAAGAAACAGAAACAGACUAUAGCUGAGAGUCCUUCAGUGCCGAACAAGAUAGCUCCGGCCAUCGUCAAUUCCCCUUCGACCUCUUUCGUUUCCUCCAAUCUAUCGAGUGUAGGCAGUCUUGCAAACAUGAAGAAGAUCCCUAAACUGAGUGACAAACCGCCGCAAGCCGAGUUUGCACCCGCUCUCGGUGUCAAGGAGGCGAGCAAUUCGACAAUCCCAGGGCUCGGAAUGAUUGACGACAAUACGAAAGAAAAGGAAAAAAUGGAGAUGAGCAAAAAAAUUCAGCCGCCUAUUGUGGUGUCGAGCGCCUCGAAACCAGCUGCGGCUGCUGCUGCGAAACCGCCGAUCGUUCCGAAUGCGACGCCCAAUCAGAAGCAGCAGCAACAUGUUAACAAUACUCACAACAUCCCUCAGAAGAACAUUAGUCCGAAAAACAAGAAGAAGAACAAGGCGAAAAGCCGUCCGGAUCAGUUCAAACCGAAGCCACUGCCGUGGGAGCCGCGGCCAUCCGAGCACUGGCGGAAUCAGCCUCCGCAGCAGCAACAGCAGCCGUACUACGGAAUCCAAUCGAAUCAGGGACGCUCCCAGAUGGAUUAUCGGAUCUGGUCGGACGAAAUUCCGUCGCAGAGAAACAGCGGAGGAUUCCACCAAGAAAGAGAGUUCGUUUCGCAAUAGGGAGAACUGUGAAAAUCAUAAAAUAAGUUACAGAAUUGAUUUCAAUGCGCUUCCCUGGCACAAAACGCAAAACACGCCGUUCGGAAAGCUUCCCAUACAGGAUCAAUUUGGUCCCUCGCCGAUGGGUCCGCCUCCGAUGGGCCCACCACGACCUCACAAUCAGCCGCAAUCAUUCUUCUCACCUCCACGGGACAAUGGCUAUCCGCCACGACCUCUUCCGCCUCCUCAACAGUACGGAUUCCCUCCUCAGCUUCCGCAAGGAAGAGGCGAUCCACGUUCAUUUUACAACUGA